AUGGACCGUACUCUGGAGAAGCUGAAUUCACGACAAUGCACUUUACCACCGCUUAGGUUGCUAAACCAGGCAAGACGUCGCGGUCCCAGUCGCAGCUCAAAUUUUGCAUGCGAUACAAUUAACGAUCUUCCAACCAACAACUCGAGCAGUCCUGCAACAGAAGGCUUGUUAACAACAGAGCCAUCCCACUCCCUCUGGUACACCUCCUCUCGCAACCCUCUCGCAUCCUCAACCUCCAGUCUCCUCUCAGCCUUCGAUCCAUCCUCCUCUUCCACUUCCCCAGAGGGUCUGAUUACUACCAACUCACAAACCAGCAACGUUAUCCCUGGAACGACCACCGGCAGCAAUCACGUCCACGGCCACAACAGCCGAAAUGCCUCCCGCAACAUUCAAGCCGCCAUCAUCGAGCGCUCCCUGCUCGGCCGCCUUCGCGCCGACGAGACGUACAUGGAGCGCCGCAAGGCCAACGUGAGCAACCUGGGUAGUACCUGGCUGAAGCCACUUGGCGUGAGCAAGACGUUGUUCCAGAUGCGCGAGGAGGAGCGCGAGAGGCAGGAGCACGAAGAGGCGAUGCGGCGCGAGGAGAUGCUGGCUGGGGAGCUGGCGGAGGCGGAAGCGGCUGCUGCUGCUGCUGCUGCUGCUGCCGGUGAUGGUAACAUCGGUGCUGUUGUUGGUGUUGGUGAUGGGAAUGGGACUACGGUGUUGGAGGAGGUUGCUGGCGUGGAGGGAAGGGACGUGGGAAAUACGAAUAGAAUUUUUGGUGGUGCUAAUGAUGGUGACAUGGAAUUGAUGGGGGGUGAUGAUGACAUGGAUGAGAUGGGAGGAAGGGAUUUGGACGAGGACAUUCCGGAUGCGGACGAGGGUGGAUUUGGAUAUGAUGGGGCUAGCGAUGAUGACGACGAAGAAGACGAGCAAGAAGAGGAGGAGAAUGAUCAAGCAGAGGAAGAAGAAGAAGAAGAAGAAGCCACCACCGAACGAAACACCACCACCGGCGAUCAUGGGAACGACGACGAAGACACAGUCGAAGCCCCACAAGCAGCAUCAACAGCAACGGGCACCGGCUCCUCCAUCCUCCAUCCCCGCGGGCGCAACGACAACAGCAAUAUUCACCAGCAGCAACAGCAACAGCGCGAGCUAGCCAAUGUGCGUGCCAACGAAGAACGCAUGCGCGAGAUGAUGGCCCGCGGUGGUCUCCGGCCCACGCACGUCAAUCUAGCCGAUGGCGCCGCAGACGAAGACGACGACAUCGACGAGGAAGACCAAGCCCACAUGCUAGAAGAGGACGACAUCAUCGGCACUCACAACAGCGGAGAAUAUGCGGACGAAGACGGAGGCAUGACGGACGACAGUCUAGGCAUGAACGCCAACCUAGAUGACGACAUUCCAGAGGCGGACGAGGAGCAUGCACAAAGCGGUUUCUAUGAGCAUACCGAUUCCGAGGCGGAGCUUCUUGACAGCAGUGAUAACGAGGGAGGACAAGAGCAAGUCGGUACAGGUGCAGGCAUCGGCAUAAGCAGCAGUGGUAACGGUGGUAACAUGAGCGGCAGUCACAGACGCGCUCACCGGGUUAGCUACGGACCCGGUUCGGCAGCGGGAUCAGCGCGGGGCCAGCAUCGCCGCGAAUCGCUGCCGAGACAGCAGCAGCAGCAGCAGCAGCAGCGGUUGUUGAGGACUAGUCUUGCGGGAAAUGCCAGGCGGAGCACAAUUGGAGCGCCAAGGAGCAGUCUGGAUAUCAGUGGGCUGUUGUCUGUUGAUGAGAGUAGUCCCAUGAUGAGAAGCAGUCCAAGGGUGAGGAGGCUGCACUAGAAUGAAGGUCCAUGAUGGUUCGGAAAUAGAAACAAGGGAGGAUCAAAACUGAGGAGUUCUGGUAGGAACGGUCGGCAAGCAUCAUUCAAUAACAGGUCGUUUGAGUCUGGCGCAUGGAGUCUUGGGAUCAUGGCAGUAUGGGUAGCUACUUGGUGGCUUUAGAAGCAGGAUUGAAUAGAUAAUGUCCGUCAAAAGACAACUUUGAUCUUCGUUACAGCAUUGGUCUGGUCUAUGCAGUGGUAGUGUACACGCAGUUCUGAUUAGAUGUAUGUUAUACCCUCAAUGAUUAUCCACUUCACGUCUGUGGGAGCCCAUAUAUAGCUUCAUGAUGGAUCAGUGGAUUAAAAGAGAUAAUUGAACCUAAUUGGUUGGAGAACGGAUUAGGAAGAAUUAAAAUAAAUAGAAAAAAAAAA